AUGUCGGCUGGAGGGGUGACUGAGGGGAUCGUGGGAGAGCCGCAGGGCUGCGGUGGAGGCUGGGCCCAGGCCGGGUCGGGGAGCUUCCCCCCCGCGGCCGUCCAGGCCGAGGCAAUCAGCCGCCGUCAUGCCAUCACGAGCAACGCAGUAACUGUCCGGACCAGGAAGUUCAUGACCACCCGACUACUUCAGCGGGAACAAAUGGGCACUGCUGUCCUUCGUCCUGGGAAGGCAACAGUACCUAAGACAGAAAUUUGGGGAAAACUAGCCAAAAUGUACAAGACCACACCAGAUGUCACCUUUGUGUUUGGGCUCAGAAGCCAUGCUGGUGAUGGCAAGACAACUGGCCUUGGCAUGAUUUACGAUCCCUUGGGUCACGCGAAGCAGGAUGAGCCCAAACACAGGCUUGCAAGACAUGGCCUGUACGAGAAGACCUCAAGAAAGCAGCGAAAGGAGCGCACGAGCAGAAUGAAGACGGUCGUGGGGACUGCAGAGGCCAGUUUGGUGCUGACAAAAAGAAGUCAGCUGGAGAUGGGACAGCAGACGAGUAAAGAUUCUGCGGUGGGUGUGCAGGUUUGUCGUGAGAGAAUUAAUAAAGUAAGACCUUUUACGUGA